AUGCCGGGCACUACAUCUAGCGACAUCGACUCAUUGAAGGUUAUCGUCAUCGGCGCUGGCAUCGGAGGUCUCGUCCUCGCGCAGAUACUCCACUCAACGCCGGGAAUACAGCUGUCAUGCUACGAGCGGUACAAAGCUAUCGAUGAUCGCGUUGUCGGGUUCCGCGUGAUGCUGUCGGGCACGACGCUGUCGAUGCUGAAGCGCAAAAUAAAGAGCGACAUCUGGGCAGACCUCGCCUUCGGCAUCGGGGAGCAGCCGGAGGGAGGGGAGAAGAUCGAGUUUUUCAAGGGAAAUGGCAACAAGAUGCUCACCUGGGACUCGGACCCCACGAAGGACCAGUAUUCCGUGUCGAGGUGGCACCUGAGAGAAGCCCUCGUGAAGGAGGCUUCCUUUGUCCGGACAGGUAUUUCCUUCGAGCGCUAUGAGGUGCUGCCGAAUGGAAGAGUGAGAGCAUUUUUCAGUGACGGGAGUACCGACGAGUGUGAUCUCUUGGUAGGUGCAGAUGGCACGAACUCGAAUGUUCGAAAGCAGUUGCUCAACCAUGCCACCAUUAAGGACUUGGGCAUGGUAGUCAUUUAUUUCAAGGUCCCGCUUACGGAAAGGUCCUUGAAGUUAUUAGGGUCUCCUGCUAACUCUACGCAUACCUUCUGCCCAAACAAUCAAUAUAUCAUGCUCGCCCCCUGGCAGAAUCCCCUCGCCCCCUUUUCUACACGCUACACCCAGCACACCAUCGAUCCCGAAGACUCCUACAUCAUGCUCGGCGCCGGGUCUCCCCACGCCAACUUCCACAACCGCCGCUGCUCCCCUAACGAACUCACCCAGUCUGAGCUACAAGCUGAGGUGCUCGCGCGCACUUCUCAGCCAGGCAUCCACGCUCGCUUUCGCGAGCUCGCCGAGAUGGUCUGCCUUGACACAGCCUACGUGAACAUCGUUCGCAAAAGCGAGGCCGUCCACCCCUGGACCUCUUCCCCUAAUAUCACCCUCCUUGGCGACGCCGUUUUCAACAUGAGCAACACGCUCAGUCGCGGUGCGAACUGCGCGAUAAUGGACGCCGCCGCCCUUGCGGACCGCAUCACAUCACCGGAGUACAGGCGCGAGCGGCACCAGCCGGCCGCUCUGGAUGACUAUGUGAGAGGGAACAUUGAGCGGCGCGAGGUCGAGCGGCAGCGCUCGGCUAUGAUGCAGAAAAUUAUGUUUUCGGGGCAAAAUAAGCUAAGGGGAUUUAUAAGGAAUAAGGCGCUGCCGUCUUCGCUGAAGAAGAUCGAUAGCUUGGAUCGUGAGGAGCAUGAGGGAGUGAAUUGGAUCGGCAGCGAUGGGGAGGGAAGUGUGGACUCGACGGGGGAAGAGCCGAAGUGGGUAGAGGAGCUGAAGUGGGACGAGAUCUUUGAAGGGAGGCAUGGCCAUGAAAAGGGUUAG